GUCUCCACCAGGCUGUCCGGUCCUCUGUUUGUCUUCCAAUCUUACGCGGCUGCAAGAACCCAUCAGAUAAACUUCAGCCAAAAUGGAGGCCAUCAAAAAGAAGAUGCUCAUGCUGAAAUUAGACAAGGAGAAUGCCCUGGACCAGGCUGAGCAAGCCGAAGCCGACAAGAAAGCAGCCGAAGACAGAAGUAAGCAGCAUGAAGACGAACUUCUGCAAAUGCAGAAGAAGCUGAAGGGGACAGAGGACGAGCUGGAUAAGUACUCAGAGGCCCUGAAGGAUGCUCAGGAGAAGCUGGAGGUGGCCGACAAGAAGGCUGCCGACGCGGAAGCAGAAGUGGCUUCCUUGAACAGGCGCAUCCAGCUGGUGGAGGAAGAGCUGGACCGAGCUCAGGAGAGACUGGCCACGGCGCUGCAGAAGCUGGAGGAGGCGGAGAAGGCUGCUGAUGAGAGCGAGAGAGGUAUGAAGGUGAUUGAGAACAGGGCUCUGAAGGAUGAAGAGAAGAUGGAGCUUCAGGAGAUCCAGCUGAAGGAGGCCAAACACAUUGCAGAGGAGGCCGACCGCAAGUACGAGGAGGUGGCUCGUAAACUGGUGAUUGUAGAAGGCGAGCUGGAGCGGACCGAGGAGAGGGCGGAGCUGGCUGAGGCUAAAUGUGCUGAGCUGGAGGAGGAACUGAAGAACGUCACCAAUAACCUGAAGUCUCUGGAGGCCCAGGCGGAGAAGUACUCUCAAAAGGAGGACAAGUACGAGGAAGAGAUCAAGAUAUUGACUGACAAGCUGAAAGAGGCUGAGACCCGGGCGGAGUUUGCUGAGAGGUCUGUGGCCAAGCUGGAGAAGACCAUUGACGAUCUGGAAGAUGAGCUUUAUGCACAGAAACUCAAGUACAAGGCCAUCAGCGAGGAACUGGACCACGCCCUCAAUGACAUGACCUCCAUCUAAAGAUCCAGAAGCUCCACCAGCCUGCAGAGUUGUGGCUUCAAGACAUCCCCACCCCCCCCACACACACACACACCCCCACCCCCAAUUCCUUCUCAUGUAUCUGUUCUAAUUCCUCAUCUUUGGGUGUUGUACUUUGUUUGUAACACUUUCUUUAUGUGUCGUCUGAACUGGCUCCUCCUCCUCGUCUCUCGUCUCUGUCUCAUGGACGUGGCUCAUGUAUGUCUUCUGUUUCUGGAUGUUGUUUAUCGGACUUUACUCUCCACGUAUCUGUGAUCUGUAUUACCUCUGUUCUCCAUCAGAGUUAAACAAGUGAGAGAAGAAA